AUGAUACUUCCCCACCCAGACCGCCAGGCGAGGUUCAAGUCGAAGAAGAUGAAGCGUGGGCGCGGCGUCGUUUUGUCCAUCACUCCCGUCACCCCCAGCGUCCUUCCUGUUACCGUCGGCCACGCUUUGCCUGAACCCUCCAUCCCUCCUGCUACCCCAACCUCUCUCCCUCGCUUCCCACCGCCUCUCCCCAUCGCCAAGUCGUUGAACCUGCGUACCAAGAAAGAGAACCAAACCGCUGCAAACAUCAUGAAGCAGCUCCUGGACGACGACAAAGGUGACGAGCUCGCCCAAGUUCCGCCAGAGGAGGCCACCCUCGACCUCGCCGGCCACGCAAACACAGCCACUUCUGCCGCCACUGCCUUCCCUCCCCGCCCAUACUACCUUCCUUCCAACCCCAACGGGCUUUCUUACAUGGAAGGCAAGUUCCACGACGAGUAUCGCGUUCCCCUCAAGGCCCUUCGUAGUCUCGAGCACUUUGGCAAUGGCGAUCAGGAGGAGCUCUGGAAGUCUCAGUCCAACCACCUGCUUUUGGGACAGACACCUCAGGUCAAAGACCACCAACCCCUUGCUUCCUCCGAUGACCAGAUGCCUUCAUCGGACUUGUCCGAAGCGGAGGACCUCGACCUGGAGAUCCCCGAAGACUUCAGCAUGCACGACGAGGUGGCCGCCAUGGAUACCCCCGAGGAGACUCACAGGGCUACCCAGCUUUUCGUCAGCGACGCCGGUUGCGAUAUUCCGAUGCCUCGCGCUGAUGAAGGCGACUAUGUUCCCCGCGUCUGCCUGGACCCCGAUCUUCCCCCGAUGGCCGUAGAGCACCCGGCAAGGGUGUGGAAUUCCAUGCUUCACGCGCUCUCCGCGGAGCUCCAGCCUCUGAUUAGGUGGGCGUACGAUGAGGUUGAGAUUAACGCCAUCGGCGACAUGGGUUUCCUCGCGCACCUCACUCUCAUUCUUUCCCCUUCGCACCCGGCUGUCAGCAGUCACCCGCUCUCCAAGUUUCUCCCCAAGAAUCGGUACGAAAAGGAGUACCUCGUCGUUAUGGAAGCGCUUGGUGGUAUCAAGACUUGGACUGGGUCUCCCAGAAGGCUCAAGGCCGACGCUCAGAACACGACCUUGACCACUUGCAUUGCUGAGAACGCGCUCGCUUGGGUCCAUGCGCCGAUGAUGGCCGCGGUUCCCGAGGACGAGGACGCCCCGCCUCUCCCACCCCACAAACCCUUCCCCGUUCUUCUUCAACCUGGCGUCGAGGUCGAGGGCGGGAUGGAGAAUAUGCCUGGCAAGGCCACUCUGGUCAAAGCUCUCGCCGCAUUCCCUGCCGAUAGUCACGUCUCCAUUCUCAUCGAGUUUGACCAAAAUGAGGACACUGGUUUAUAUGGAUCGAGCCUCCUGGUCGGCGUGGAACCCGAGGUCCAGCGCUACAUCGAACCGUGCUACCACGUCACCACGGAAGCGGCUCAAGAGGCUGCCUGUCAGCGUGCCUUGAACCUCAACGUUGUUGAAUUUCUCGUUUGGCUCGGUGCUGGGGCUGUUGAGGAGGACGGUGACUCGAAUUCAGCUCCGCAUCAAGUUGUCAAAGCUCCCACUGACAGUGAGCUCACGACCAGGGCCAAUGGCACGAGCGACACCGUCGAUUGGCAGAAGCAGCUUGAUUACUUCUGCCAGCAAUCGGGCCUGACUGCUCCCAAAUACAGCCAGACUAUGGUAAAGCGCAACGGCCAGCCGACCCUGUUCAUUGGGCUCGUCAGUGUUGACGACGAAAAGUUUGAGACCAAGACCACUCAUCCUAGCCUCAAAGACGCACGUCAGGCUGUGGCCUUUGAGGUGUUCCGCGACCACUUUGGCCAAGAGCCCGAGGCGAUGCUGUGA